UAAACUCUCCCCAUCUACAACUUUUCGAAAGAAUUGCAAAACCUUCUCUCCGUCCGCGUUCCGUUCCCACCCUUCACCUCCUUCGCCCUCCUUGCCUUUCCUUGCGCCUUUUCCUAACGGGCCCCUGUCACUCAAUCGUUCUCCCCUUCUCGUUCGCGCAUGACUGACACGACUCCGUUCCCAGCUGCGACUAGCCUCUGCCGCAGCAGAAGGGACAGAAGGGGCGGCCGCGACGACCUCGAGGCAUUCGAAGACCGGAAGAACGUGUCUAUAAGCAUCGCGUGCCAAAACCAAGCCGGCUUAGAGAGUAAUAGGGAUAAUUAUAGCGGAUGACAGGGCAGCAGCCAGCAGGGUUACCGGCCAUGGCCAAUCUAGAAACUCCACAAUCAAGGGUUCCUACUUUGACGAAAGAUGGUGGAUAAUAUUUCCGUUUCUAUUUUCGCGCUUGAUAUUAUAAAUAUAGUCAACCAGAGUGGUAUAAGACAUUGCUUCAAAUUCAGAGGGCGUACAACGCCCGUU